GAUAAGCCUGUAGAAAUUAGUCUAAAACAGAUCAACAAUUUCACCGAGUCCAAUACUCAUGGACACACGGUAGCUGCAGCCUCUUUCUCCGCAAACUCAACGCUUCUAGCUUCCAGCUCACAAUCUCUGGCCCUGAGGGGCCCAGUCAACGGGCUUGCUUGUGCCGAUCGGGCGAGGUCGGCACCCGAGGCUAGCGCCCCCUCUGGGGCUGUUCCUGCCUACCUAGGGACGAGGCCUACGGCAGGAGGCCUAGGGCGCCAUGGCCAGCUCUAUCCGCUUCAAGUUCCGGGCUGAGCUGUCUUACAGCAACCUGCCCUUCGAUGGCCACUACAUCACGGUCGGCGAGCUCAAGCGGCUCAUCGCCGAGAGGAAGGGCCUUGGCGUUGACGCAGCCAACGAGCUGCAGCUCACGGACGCAACCAGCAAACGGGACUAUGACAACGACGCAGAGCAGGUCAUGAAGAACUCGGCGGUUAUCGUGCGGCGCGUCGCCGGCGCAGCCAAGCCGAAAACCUUAUUGAGCAGCUCAGCAGCCCCCGCACCUGCUGCUCAAUUGGCCCCGGCUCCUCUGCCUGUGGCUGCGGCCCCGCUGGCAGCUGCCGAUCUCGCAGCAGCCCACAUUGACGACGAGUUUGGCGAGGACCCGUACGCCAAAGCAGCGGCCGUAAAGCAGGAUGAGCAGCAGAUGAUGGCGUUCCUGGCUCACGCGGCGCAGGGCGUCAACCUUGAGGCGCAGCUCGCUGCCCAGACAGCGCCUGCUGGGCGUGGCCGCGGCCGUGGUCGGGGCGGGUUUGGUGCGGGGGGCGGCCGCGGCGGCCGCGGUGCUGGGCGUGAAUGCCUGCGCUGCGGCCAGCUGGGGCACUUCAUCAGCGAGUGCCCCACGCAAGGUGACCCGGUGUAUGACAAGCGCUUCAAGGUGCCGUCGGGUAUCCCAGCCUCCAAGAUCCAGCGCAACGCCGACGGCAGCUUGUAUCUGCCUGACGGCGAGCUUGGCGAGCUGGCUGCCAACACUUCCGCCUUCAACAAGCUGGCAGCCAUGAUGGGGCGCGGUCCAACCGGUACAGAAGCGGCUGCCGGCGGGACACAGGGAGCGCAGGGCCCCGCGGCGGCUGCAGCAGCAACAGCAGCCGGGCCGUCUGCGCCAGCUGCGUGGCAGGACCCCACGCACGCGGCGGCCGCGCUGAAACAGCAGCAACUGCAGCAGCAGCAAGCGCACAGCGCGGCCGGGGCAGACGGCGCAGCGACUACGGUGCAGGAGCAGACGCAGAUGCAGCAAAUGCAGCAGCAGCUGUUGAUGAUGCAGCAGCGCAUGCAGCAACUGCAACAGCAGCAGCAGCAGCAGACCCCGGACCGUGAGGUCAAGCAGGAGCCCGCUCAGCCCGCCGAGCCCAAGCUGUUCGACGAUGACGACCAUCACGUUGCGGGCGGCGCGCAGGCCGGUGCUGUGCAGCAACCUGUGAAGCUGGGCCUGGGCAUGGCGGUCGACGACGGCGGCCAACAGCGGUCUGCUUCGCCAGCUCCUUCCCGGUUAACCGGCCCUCUUGCCAACAUCCAUGCGCAGCGGGAGGAGGCGGCCGCAGUCGGAGGCGGGGGCGCUGGCCGUCACCGCCGCGGCGGCGAUGAUGUGGGCCAGGACGGCGUCCCGUCCUGGGUGGCGGACGUGGGCUGUAGCCGUCACGACCUGACCGCAGUCCUGCCGUUUCUGCGGAAUCUGCUGCCGGGCGACAUGUCCAUGCAGGCUGUAUUCAGGGCGUUUGCGAGCGGGAGGCCGCUGUCACGACGCGAGUUCGUGGAGCUGCAGUCUUCGGAGCGGCACGCCUCGGACCGGCACCGGCGGGAUAAGGACAAGGAGCGCGAUCGCGACCGUGGCCGCAGCCGCCGUAGUAGCCGCAGCCACUCUCGGGACCGCCGUAUAAAGCGGUCUCGUAGUCGAUCCGCUAGCUCUCGCUCGCGGUCUCGCUCCCGGUCGCCGUCCAAGCGCCACCGCGCACGCAGCAGCCAGGAUGUGCGCGAACGGGAGCGCGAGCGGGAGCGCGAGCGGGAGCGGGACCGGGAGAAGGAGCGAGAACGGGAGAAAGAGCGGGAGCGUGCGCGGGAGAAAGAGCGCGAGCGGGAGCGGGAGCGCCACCGAGACCGGGAGCGUGCCGGGCGCUCGCGCGACCGCGACCGAGAUGUCAAGCGCGAGGACGGCUCGCCCUCAGUGCAGCAGGCGGGCGGUGACGCAGGCGCACGAGCUGUAAAGCGAUCGCGCAGUCCACCUGGUGUUGUUGCGGUCGAGCGCGCCACUUCAGUGGAUGCCCGGGCGCGCAUUGAAGCACAACGAAAGGCUAACCAGGACGCUAAGGCGGCGGAGGCGGCUCCACCUGCGCGUGGCACCGCGUCUCGAUUGGAGGAGCCGCCAUCCGCGGCCAGCACUGAUAGCGAGCCGCCAGCCGGGCGGAUGGCAAAGGAGCCGCCGCCGGAGGAGGCUAGCCUGGCAGUGCGCGCCAGUGAAGGCGGCAAGGGAGCCAAUGGAGAUGCCAGCGGGUCAAGUAGCAGUGAUAGCGAGGACGAAGGCCGCGGGAGGAAGAAGGCGCCAUCUCCUGACAGGGCUGCGCCAGCCGGCACCAAGCGUCCUGCACCGGACGCGGGUAGUCCAGAGGAUGAGCCGCGGCCGGGCCGGGCCGGCAGCAGCGACCGUGGGGUGCAGGAGCAGCCGCAGGCGUCGGGCCGCACCGGCUCCCGAUCACGCUCGCGUUCACGGUCCGCCUCGCCGGGCUCUGCCAGUGGCGACGAACGCGGCGGCGCUGCCGCUGUGUCCGCACAGGACGGUGAUGGCGAGCGGCGGUCGCAAAAGCGGCGCAAGAAGGAGAAGAAGGACAAGGAGAAGAAGGACAAGCGGAGCCACAAGAAGAAGGGCCACAAGGAGCGCAGCAAGGGCAAGGACAAGGACAAAAAGGAGAAGGAGCGGGGCAGGGAUAAGGAGAAGGACCGGGAGCGUCGCAAAGGCAGCAACGAUGCGGCUGACGUUGGCGCUGCCGGCGAUGAACCCUACCUGGACGACUUCGUGGACGACGCGCCAUACGAUGAUGUGCAUGUGGAGGAUCACGGGCCGCCCAGCCGCACCCCGCCGCGUGCAGCUGCUGCUCGCGGCUCCGGCGGAGGCGGCGGAGACCGCUACGGGUCGCGCGAGCGCGAUGACCGGGGGCGUUACCAGGACAAGGAUGACGGCGGGCGGCGGGGUGGAGCAGGCGGGCGCGGCGGCGGCGGUAGUGCCGGGGAGCGGCGCGGUCAGGCGGCAUCGCAGCAGGCUGGGGACGAUGGCCCGCCGCGGCACAGCCGCAUAGAGUGGGUCAUGCCAGGCAGCAGCCGAGCCCCUGCUGCCCCUGCCGCUGAUGCUGGCGGCGGUGGCGCAGCACGGCGUGGCGGGGGCGGUGGUGGCUCGGAUGAGCCGCCCCCGGCAACCACACGCACGGCUGCUGGUGGUGGGCUGGCGGCUCGCCUGUUCAAGCAGACGCUGGGGGCUGCAGCCACGGCCAACGACGCGGCGUCUCGCCGCCUGGCACGUGACGACACCCGCGACGACGGCGGCCGGCGGCGUGACGGUGGCGGGCGGGAAUACGAUGACGAUGGCAGGGGCCGGCGGCGAUAAUGCACGCAUUGAGCUGCUGAGGCAGUGUGCGUGGCAUGCGUUAUAAGUAGGCGCUGUAAAGUAGUGUCGUUCGUAGCUCUAGCUCACAGUUUGCAGUAAGGAAGCCUGGCAUCUGGUCUGAGUGGAAUUGAAUGGCGUGCCAGAUAGGACAGGCUACACGAUGCUACAUAGGUUGCUGGGCACGGUAGGUUAGGCACCGAUCUGUUUGGAGGGCUUCAUCUUCAUGACCACAUGGGCGCGCAUUGACUGGGCCGAGGCGCGCGUAGUAGCCUAGCUGAUGGACAUAUACUACAGGCAUGAGGCGUUGCAGCACGAAUUGCCCAGGUAGAUGUGAGGAGCCUGUGCCGUGUGGGCGGAGUGUUUCUGGAGGACAGGCUGACCGAGCCGGUGGCAAGCGGAGACAGUCGGGCAGAUGGGUACAAAUCCCCCUGCUUCAUCGCCGAGUGUGUGUGUUUGUGUGUGCGUGUGCGUGUGAGGGGCGUGGGCACCAGUGCAUGCGGCGCCCUGGCGAUGACAUUGUAUGACUUCCCAUACGGCAUCCGGUUCCCUGCCGGUAUGUGUAACGGGGUGUGCUGUUUGGCUUCAUUGGUUGGUACGAUACAUAAAUGUUGCGUUAGUACCGUAUGCAUAACGGAGCGUACGUGACUUCCUGGACUGAGUGCGGGGCAUGUGGCACACUCUAUUUACGUGACUGCAAGGAGCCGGCGUGGCAAUUGCAGAUUGUCCGCGUAAUGCGAGUACCCGAGUCCGAAACGCUGU